UGGCGAGGCCGCGCGGGCGGCGCCCGGCAGCAGCUGGAGGAGCGCUUCGCGGACUUGGCGGCCAGCCACCUGGAGGCCCUCCGCGCGCGGGACGAGCGGGACCGGCAAAACGCGCGGCUGCGGGAGGAGAACGCCCGCCUGCGGCUCGAGAACCGGCGGCUCAAGCGCGAAAACCGCAGCCUCUUCCGUCAGGCCUUGCGGCUCCCCGGAGAGGGCGACGACGGGGUGCCCGCGGAGGCCGCCUCGGGGCCCGAAGCGGCCGGCGUGAACCCCAAGCCGAGAGGAGGCCGCCCUGCCGACCAGCCAGACAGCCCCACGGCCCUGAGGGCCCGACUGGAGAAACUGGAGGCCAUGUACCGUCGGGCCCUGCUGCAGCUGCACCAUGAACAGCGAGGGCCUGACCCGCGCGGGGACAACGAGGAGCGGCCACUUGGCGAGCUCGGGCCCGGCCUGCCGGCCCUGGAGUCCCCCCAACCCUGGCUGUAG